CACUUGAUUAUGUUUGUGCAGCGGGUGAGGAGCAAAGACCUGGAUAGAUCACACACACACACACACACACACACACACACACACACACACACACACACACACACACACACACACACACACACACACUCUCACUCACUCUCACUCUUAUCCUCAUAAUGAUGCACAGCUCAAGACAGUGGCUCUUUAGGAUCACCUGCUUGGUGUUUGAAUUUCUACAGUAUGACACAGUGCGUGUCACAGUGAGGGAGUCCACUUUGGAGGUGGUGCAGGGCGACUCGAUCACUUUACCCUGCUCCUUUUUCACCAUGAGCCCCCUGAUCCGCCUCAGCAUCAUCUGGACCCUGACUCCUUUUUCUGACCAAGACAAUCCCACACAGGUGAUCGCGUAUGAUCAAGGGCAGGUGAUCGAAAGCCCCUCCUUCACCAGUAGGGUGGAAUUUGUUGACAUGCCCUGGAGUGCUGAUAUCAUCCUAAAUGAUACACGUGUUUCUGAUGCUGGCAUCUAUCGUUGCGUGGUGAGCAAUCCACCAGAGACAGGAGACCCUGGAAUCGGAGAACUCAGCCUCAGAGUCCUGGUACCCCCAUCGCUGCCUGUGUGUAUAUGGGAGGGAGAGACUGAUGUGGGUGGCACUAUGACAUUGACAUGCCUUGUGAUGGAGGGCGUCCCCACUCCACAAAUGAGCUGGGAGAAGCUGGAGCCAGAUCACAUAACCUUGCCCAUCAGCAUGGGGGGGGAGUUAAUGGGCUUGGUGCAAAUUACAAACAUGUCUGCACAGGACUCUGGUGUGUAUCGCUGCUCUGUGACCAACGCUCUGGGCACACAAAACUGCUACGUGAACCUCUCAGUGUACACCCUGACAGAGAAUGCCCCAGGCCUCCUUCAGGGGGUGCUAAUCACACUCUCCAUGGGCCUGGUGCUGCUGACCCUGUUGGCACUGGUGCUGUGGCUCCACCGCUCGGCUCAGGAAAGCAGAUGGACGGAUGGCCAUGUACAGGAGUGCUACAACGAGCUCAUAUACACUCCCUCUCUAAUCAAGCGCUCAUUUGUCUGA